AUGGAGGGAGAGGAUGACCAGUUUCAGGUUUCAUCAUCGGACGGGGAUGGGGAGGAGGAAGUGAUGGAUGUCGAGGCGGAUGAAAAUGAAGAUGAAGAUGAAGAUCAGGAUGAGGACGUGAUCGUUGUUGGUGGCGAAGAGGGCGAUGAGGAGGGAGACGAAGAGGGUGGCGAAGAGGAAGGUGAUGAAGAUAUAGACGAGGAUGAAGAUGAGGAUGAAGAUGAUGUUGACCUUGGAUUUCUUCCGGGCGUCUCCACGGUAGACACCGAGGCACCGGUCCUGCGAGAGGUCAUGAUGAAGAUCUCGAAUCUAGUGGAGGAAGAGAUCACUGGCAAGGAGGAGAUCGCUGCCACGCUCAACUCGUUGGCAGAGAUCUUCGAGGAGGAGGACCUCAAGUUCCAGCGAGUCAACACCGAGCCCAACGAGGAGUCGGAGAGCAUUCGCUACCAGGCCGUCCCGGUGAGCUUCAUCGGCCCGCUCAUGGCCAUGUUCGACAGCAGUCGCCUGCCCGAGAUCAUCAUCUAUCGGUAUCUGUUCGACGAGGACCUCGAGGUGUGCACCGCCGCUACGCGCUGCUUGCUCGCCACGGGUGGGCAGGCCAUUCGCUACUGGUCCUUGGACCUCACACCUGAAGAGGAAAAAGUUUACCAUCGCCUCUGCAACUGGGUCAGGGACGCCGCGCAGCCUCUGCGCACUUACGCCACAGGCCUGUUUGCGAUCUUCAUCGACGGCGAGACGGGCGACUUGGCCAUCGGGACGGACUUGCCGGCUCUUUUCUUCCGGCGGCUGAAGGAGGGGCUGCGCUGGUCCGCCAAGUCCACCAAAGAGCCGUCCGCGUCGCCAUCGUCUGGUCCUGCUGAUGCCGACGCCAGCGCCACCGCCGCCGCCGAGGGGAAGUCACUCGACACGGACAGCGCCACGGCGCAGGACGAACCCGCAACCGAAGCGCCACCGGCAAAGGACGAGAUCAGUCUCACCGAACUGCGGUAUGUGGUUCGGUGUCUCGGCGCGCUGGGCGAGUAUCAGGAGAUCCUUCCGCCGCUGGUCAAGGAAGACGGCGUUGAGCUCGUACUCGCGCUGCUCGAACUCACCGACACAUUCGUGCUCUUUGACUCCCUCACGUUCCUGAAUCGGCUCUUCGCCCAUAAGAAGUUUGCCCACGAUUUCGUCGACAAGGGUGGCCUCCACGCCCUGCUCCAGGUCCCGCAAGAGCCCUAUCUGUGCGGCGGCAUUGCACUCUGCUUCUACGGCCUGUCGUGUCUCUCAACGGUCAUGGAGCGCAUCCUGCUCUUCCCCGAGCCCCUGCCCUCGGUCCUCGUCAAGCGGGUCAUGUGGAUCCUCAACACGCCCCAGGACACGGCCAGGAUCUCGGCGGGCCAUUUCCUGAGCAUUGCGGUCUCCUACCCGAGGAUCCUCGAACUGUUCGACGCCGACUCGAUGGCCGGCCUCAAGACGCUCGUCCACAUUCUGCGCACGUGCCUUGUGCGCAUCCUGCGCGGCGAAGGCAACAGCGACACGGCGGCCGAACCCACGCCCAAGAAGCAGAUCAUCUCCCUCAUCCACGCCGAGACUGACGAUUGGCUGGGCCGCGCGGGUGGGGGUGCCGAUCAUCAGGUGAUGCUGUCCCUGAAGCAGUACUUUAGGUCGCACCUGCUGGUGAAGGAGGCCGGGAUCAAGGCCCAGUUCAAGUCCCUCGCGGCCCACCUGCAGGCCCAGCACCAGAAGAAGCGACGCGAGAGCGGUCGCGGCGCGCUCACACUCUCGUCUUCCACUCUCGGUCUCCACACACCCAACAAGCACCAACCCUCCUCCUCUUCAUCGUCGUCGUCUUCUACUUCGACUUCCACCUCCACCACCACUUCAUCGUCCGUGGCCACGUCAGCGUCGGCCACGGUCAUGGCGCCCGCCUCGCCGCUGCCGCUCCUGCCGCCCAACAAGGCCCUGGACAUGGACGCCAACACGGCGCGGGAGGCCAUCGACUACCUGCUCGGGUCGCCCUUCGAGAAGGAGGAGUCGGCCGCCGAGAAGGGCGAAGGUCGCGGAAAGCCCGUCCCUGCCUACUACCUCAGCCGAUCAAAAUGGCCGCACGUGGAGGUGUUUGUGAAGCAGGAUGGGUACACGGUGCUAUUCGAUCUCAUUAGUCAGAGCCUCCAUUGGCGCUACCCCGAGAUCGCGCAGUUCGGCCUCGAAAUCAUCUACAUGACCUGCCUGUUGCCGUUCGUGCAAGGGUUGAUAGUGAAUACUUCGCUGGAAUCGAACGAGCGCGGCAUUGCGAUCAUUCUCGACGCGGCCUCUGGCAGUCAGCACCCCACCAAGGAUAUGCUUUCCUACGAAUUCCCCGAUGUCAUGAAAGCUGCGCUGGGCAUAAUCUGGGUCAUGGCGGGACUCUCGCGAGACGAGGAGAUGCUGAAGCACGUGUGGAAGAGCAUCCGCGCGAGCAACGGCAUCCGCAUCCUCCUCUCGCUCCUCCGCAUCCGCGAGCCCGCCUCCCACGCCGAUGCGAUUCGGUCGCUGGCGUGUCGGGCUCUGCUGGGUAUCGCGAGGGACCCCACCAUUUGCCAGAUCCUCUCCAAACUACACAUCACCUCGCGCCUCCUGCCCGACCUGAUGCGAGAUCCGAUCUUGCCGGACAACAUCAACGAGCACCAGCAGUUCAAGUACUACGCGCUCGACCUCAUCAACAAGAUCGCAGGGCGAACGGACCGGAAGGACACGAAGAAGGAGCGGGACGCCAAUCUCACGAUCAACGACGCCAUCGACCCGACCUUCUCCAAGCUCGAGCGGACCAAGAUCGUCAACAGCACCCCCAUCACCUACUCCGACACCGAGCUGCUACAGCUCGUCUACGAACACCUCCAGAAACACGGGCUUUCGAAGACGGCGGCGACGCUGGCGAAGGAGGCGAAGCUGCGGCCGAUGCCGUCGCAGGCUCCGUCGCAGGAGGGCCGCGAGCCGGGCUGGCGCAACACGCUCGACAAGAUGGUGGUCCAGUACUGCGUCGACCAGCACAAGCGCUGCCCGAUGCCCAUCGCCACCCUCCCGCCCUUCAACCUGCUCCAGCCCCAUCGGUGCCCAACACCGUCGAACACGCCGUUCCCGCUCGGGCUCAAGGCGCCUCAGAACAUCGCCUCGCGGUUGUUCGCACGCGAAUUCAAUACCACGCCACAGCAUGGCGGAAUGAAGGGUGCCCAUCUCAUGCGCCGGCACGUCUACAGCCGCUUCCGACCCGUGCGCGUCUAUCGGGACGAAGAGUCGGUCAUCACCUGCACGGCGUUCUACAACAACAACCGCCUGCUGGCCGGCAGUCACGACGGCGAUGUCAAGAUCUUCGACAUCGAGACCACCUCCCUCGUCAGCUCCUGGCAAUGCCACGAUUACAGUGUGAUGUCGCUGGUGCCUUCGGACAACCGGCGGCACCUGCUGACCUUCUCGCACUACGACAACGGCUGCAUGUGGGACACCUCCGACAAUCUGUCCAAAGUGCGCGACGAGGAGCCCGUCUACGUGCUGGCGGACUGCAAGACGGGCGUGUUCAACCACGCCUCGACGAUCAUCGCCGGCAGCGACAAUCACCACACGACGAUGCUGUUCUCGGUGCAGACCGGCCAGAAGCUGACGUCGCUCACCCACGAGCCGGACAGCUCGUCGGGGCGCCACCACACAACCACCAAGCCCUGCUUCAGUCCCUUUGACGACCUCGUCCUCAGCCACGGCACGUUCACCACCUUUUGCUACAUUCCUUACCCUGCACGCGUGUUGUGGGACCCGCGCUACUCGCGAGCCAUCCACAAGUUCGAUCGGCUGACCAACUACGGCAGCGGCGUUUUCAAUCCGUCGGGCCGCGAGGUGGUCAUCAACAGUGAGGUGUGGGAUCUGCACACGUUCAAGCUGUUGAAGACGGUGCCCGUGCUGGACAAGACCAAUGUCGUCUUCAACGGCCUGGGCGACGUCAUGUAUGGCUUCCCGCGCAAAUACGACAACGUCCCCCAAACGCGUCCGCACAUGCCGCAGCAGAACCUCUUCGUCACGCUGGACGCCUCCGACUAUGCGCACAUCGCCUCUGUCGAUGUCGAGAAGACCAUCUACGACCUCGCGCUCGACGUUCCUGAUCCCGACAAGCUGGGGCGGCCGGGAAGUCACGUGAUGGCGCCGGACAACUACAUUGCGGUGGUGGAGUACGCGCCCAACACGUACUCGGACUCGGUGGUGCGCCUGUAUGAAGUGGGGCGCAAGCGGCCAGACGCGUACGACAGCGACGAAAUGGACGACCAGAUCGAAGACGACGACGCCUUCGGGGAGGACGAGGAAGACGAGGACGCCGAUGCCGAAGACAUGCUCAUGGGCGACGACUUCGAUGAAGACGACGAUGACGACGGCACCGGCAUGAUGGGCGGCGACGGACUCGAAGGGUUGCUCAACAUGCUGGGUGGCGCGUCCGACUCAGAUGAAGACGAGGACUCUGAUGAGUACUGA